UAAAUACAAAACGAAGUUUCAAAAAUUUGGAGGGAGUCAACGAUGGAAGUAACAACGGCUCUCAAAAACCAUUCAAACAACAAAGCCGACAUUGCCGCUUCGCUGCUAAAAGAUUGCUAUUCUCUCUCCCACCUUAAGCAAAUCCACGCCCGUAUACUCCGAUCCGACCUCCACCGCAACGCCUCGUUGGCUUCCACUCUCAUCUCUCUCUAUGCCUCUCUAUCUUUCCCUCGCUCUGCCCACUUCGUCUUCUCCUCUUCCUCGCAUCCAAACCUCUCUCUGUUCAACCAUGCUAUCAGGGCCUUUUCAAAGAUUCCAUCUUUCUGCUCCGAAUCGAUGAAUUUGUAUGUUCGAAUGGUUCGUAUUGGAAUUACACCCGAUAAUCUUACGUACCCAUUUUUGCUUAAUUCGUGUGCUUCGUUGAAUGAUCUUAACCAUGGAAUUGAGGUCCAUGGGCGUGUUGUUAGGUCAGGUUUUGGGUUUUAUAUUCCUGUUUCGAAUGCUUUGAUUGACAUGUAUGGUAAAUGUGAUGUGUUGGAGGGGGCAAGAAAGGUGUUCGAUGAAAUGAGUGUGAGGGAUGUUGUUUCCUACAAUGCUGUUUUAGGGGCUUAUGCGAGGGGUAAGGUGGGUAUGGUGGAUGCCCAGGUUCUGUUUGAUGGAAUGCCGGUAAAGAAUGUGAUAUCUUGGAACGCAAUGAUUGUAGGUUAUAUAAACUGUGGGGAUCUGGAUUCAGCUCGAGCUAUUUUUGAUAGAGUGCCUGAGAGGAAUAUUGUCUCUUGGACUACAAUGUUGGUAGGCUAUGCUAAAAAUGGGCUAAUUGAUUUGGCUAAGGUUUUCUUUGAUAAAAUGCCUGAGCGGAGUUUGGUUUGUUGGACAGCUAUGAUUUCUGCAUAUGCACAGAAUGGGAGACCAAGUGAUGCACUGAGACUUUUCCGGAGGAUGGAGAAAGAACAUAUAAAGCCUGAUGCUUUCACCAUGACUGCUGUUAUCUCUGCAUCUGCACAAUUAGGGCAAACGGAUCUGGCAAAUUGGAUCACAUCAUAUGUGGAUCAACAUUGCAUCGAACAGAACCUACAAGUACUCACUGCUUUGGUUGAUAUGCAUGCCAAAUGUGGGAACAUAGAAAAGGCAUUUCGCAUAUUUGAGAAGAUCCCCCGACGGGAUGUUUUCUCUUACAGUGCCCUAAUCACCGGUCUUGCCUCCCAUGGACAUGGGGUCGAAGCUCUUGACAUCUUCCAAAAAAUGCUGGCAGAAAAUAUAAAGCCUGAUUGCAUCACUUUUGUUGGGGUAUUGACUGCUUGUCGCCAUACAGGACUUGUGGAAGAUGGAAUGAAAUAUUGGGAAAGCAUGGUUAAAGAUUAUGAUAUUGAGCCUGAUACUGAUCACUAUGCCUGCAUGGUUGAUAUGCUAGGACGCGCUGGAAAACUUAACGAGGCUCACAAAUUAAUCAAGAGCAUGCCUAUGGGCCCCCAGCCAAGAGCAUUAGGUGCCCUACUGGCAGCAUGUAGAACAUAUGGCAAUGUUGAGAUUGCAGAAGAAGUCGCUGAGCAACUCUUCAAGUUGGAACCCAGGAACACUGGAAAUUAUGUCCUUCUUUCUAGUAUAUAUGCGGAAAGGGGGCAAUGGAAUGAGGCCACAAAGGUACGUCAAGCUAUGAAAGAGAGAAGCAUGAAUAAGUGUCCUGGAAGCAGUUGGGUUGAGAUCAAAAGCAGAGGUCAUGGAACUGAAAUGAAGAGCAGAACUCAGAACAAUCUUAUAGCAAAUUAAGACAAAUUGUGUUAUAUAUCUGAAAUAUAAUGCACAAUCUCUGCUGCCAGUUUUGAUUGGAUCAAGAGUGCAGGUACCAUGAGGUUAAUGCUUUCGUGGUACAAGAAGUUAUUUCCCAUCUCUAAGUGGACCAGCAAGGCUUGGAAGAUCAUAGGCCAGUUAAAUGGGCACACUCUGCUCCCAGUUAAAAACAACAUAACUAAAAGAAAAUCCUCACCAUUGAACAAAAUCCUACUGGACUGAGUUAUCCUCACUUGCAUUUGUGUUUCAAUUCAGUAACAUGGAAAGACCUCAAAUUUUGAUCAAGUGGGGCAUAGCUAGUGCAAUGGAGGGAAGACAAAUUAGAUCAAAUCCCAAUAACUGCAACGACUGCUUACUCUGACUAUGCCUAUAGAGAUCUUACAUGCUGGGAGACUAUAGCUUGCAGAAAGACUGCAGAAUUUAUGAGGACCUUGACCCAUUUGGCAGUGUUUAGCUCUUCAGGAAG